UUUGGGAUAAUUGUGUGAGCCAGUCUUGAUUUUGACUUAAACAAAACCGCUUUUAGUGGUGGUUUUCUGUCCCCCUUGUAAUUGAGUGAAACUGCAAGCCCAGAAGAAACAAUGCUCACGUUCAUUCUCUCAAGACCAUCCCCAUACACUUACAACUUUUGUUCCCUCUCUCAGGGAAAACAAUAAUAAAAUCCCAUUUUUGUUCUUGAUAAAGAGUUUCCAGUCAUGUGCUGCUCACUGCACUUUCUGGGGUUAUGGGCACAAAAAGACCACCACAAAGUUGAGGCAAAAGUGGUUGGUUCCUUUUGCCCAGUGGUAAUAUUCCCUUGAAAGCUGAAUACCACUUCCUCACUGGAGUUUCUGUUGAGAGGUUGGGGGGUGGUUAUGGAAUUAAUGUUGGUGUUCCAGAAGUCAGAAAAAAUAGUGAUCUUUCACUGCCCUUUAUGCUGCAGAGAGGCUAAAAAAGAUUAGUCGUUUGAAGUGACUUUGGGGGGAGUUCUGCUGGUGUUUUUUACCUUUUUUUCUGUUUCUUGGUUGCUAGUUUAAGGCCUCAUUUCCAAAUGGGUUUUAGUUUUUUUAGCUCUUUUUUUAUUCUAACACUGUUCUUCAGGCCUUUGGUUUGUCAGCAACCCAAUACAGAUGAAUCCUUUGUCUCUGAUUUCUUGCAGAAAAUGGGUUUAAAUUCUUCCGAUAUCUACAACUUUUCUGCCCCCUUUUGUUCAUGGCCUGGUGUCUUUUGUGCUGCCAAUGAAGAAAAUGUUGUCAAGUUGGUAGCUUCAGGGUGGGGUCUUUCGGGUGUAAUCCCUGAUUCUACCAUUGGCAAACUUGUAAAGCUUGAAUCUUUGGAUCUGAGCAAUAAUAAAAUCACUGGUUUGCCUUCUGAUUUUUGGAGUUUAGGUUCACUCAAGAGCCUUAAUCUUUCAUUUAACUAUCUUUCAGGGGACCUUCCUAGCAACAUUGGUAAUUUUGGCCAACUUGAAAUCUUGGACCUUUCUUCUAACCAAUUUUCUGGCAGUAUCCCUGAAGCUAUAAGCUCCCUUGGAAGCUUACGAGUUCUAAAACUCGACCGAAAUGGGUUUGAGUUUAGCAUGCCUCUGGGGAUCCUGCAAUGCCGUUCUUUGGUUUCGCUUGAUCUUUCGGGGAACAAGUUCAAUGGUUCUCUUCGUGAUGGUUUUGGUGCUUCAUUUCCAAAGUUGAGAUAUUUGAACAUUGCUGGAAAUGGCUUCACUGGAAAAGAAUCAGAUUUUUUGGGGCUGACAUCAAUUACCUAUCUCAAUAUUUCAGGAAACUAUUUUCAAGGUUCAGUUGUUGGUCUUUUUGAGGGGCCAUUGGAAGUGCUUGAUUUGAGCAGAAAUCAGUUUCAAGGUCACAUUUCUCAGGUAAAUUCUAUCUCCAGUUUCAGCUUGUCUCGCUUGGUUUAUGUGGAUUUAUCUGAGAAUCAGCUUAGUGGAGAGUUUUUCAACGACUUAAAUGAAGCUCAGAAUCUCAGACACCUUAAUCUUGCACACAACAGAUUUUCCAAAGAACAGUUGCUGCACAUUGGUAUGCUUUCUGGUUUAGAGUAUCUGAAUUUGUCUGCAAGUAAUUUGAUUGGCGAAAUGCCUGGUGAAAUUUCGAUGUUGAGUAAUCUGAAGACACUUGAUCUCUCUAGGAACCAUCUUAGUGGCCAUAUUCCUCUUUUAAGCAUCCAAAAACUCCAAGUACUAGAUCUUUCCUAUAACAAUAUAAGUGGUGACAUCCCAAUGAAGCUCAUAGACAAGCUACCAUGGAUGGAGAGGUUUAAUUUCUCUUACAACAACCUUACCCUUUGUGCCUCAGAAUUCUCCCCUGAAACCCUCAAUUCAGCUUUCAUCGGCUCAUUGAACAGCUGUCCAAUUGCCGCAAAUCCUGAUCUUUUCAAGAGAAGAACUCAAAAGCAUCGGGGCCUCAAGCUUGCCGUGGUGUUAACCAUCUCCAUGGUCUUUUUGCUUUUGGGAUUGCUGUUUUUAGCCUUUGGUUGUCGAAGGAAAACCAGAAUGUGGGAAGUGAAACAGAAUUCUUACAAAGAAGAACAGAAUAUAUCUGGCCCCUUUUCAUUCCAGACGGAUUCAACCACUUGGGUUGCCGAUGUUAAGCAAGCAACAUCUGUCCCAGUAGUUAUAUUUGAAAAGCCUCUGUUGAAUUUCACAUUUGCAGACCUCUUGUCUGCAACUUCUCAUUUUGACCGUGGCACAUUGUUGGCUGAAGGUAAGUUUGGACCAGUGUAUAGAGGAUUCUUGUCUGGUGGGAUUCAUGUAGCUGUCAAAGUUUUGGUUCAUGGAUCGACCAUGACUGACCAAGAAGCUGCUAGAGAGCUUGAGUAUCUUGGUCGAAUAAAACAUCCCAAUCUUGUCCCAUUGACUGGAUACUGCUUGGCUGGAGAGCAAAGGAUUGCUAUAUAUGACUAUAUGGAGAAUGGAAACUUGCAAAAUUUGCUUCAUGACCUCCCACUGGGGGUUCAAGCUACAGAAGACUGGAGCACAGACACGUGGGAAGAAGAUGAUAACAAUUCCAUUCAAAACAUUGGCUCCGAAGGAUUGUUAACAACUUGGAGAUUUAGGUACAAAAUUGCACUUGGCACAGCGCGUGCGCUGGCAUUUCUCCACCAUGGCUGUUCUCCUCCUAUUAUACAUCGAGAUGUCAAAGCAAGCAGUGUCUAUCUUGAUCUGAAUUUGGAACCAAGAUUAUCUGAUUUCGGACUUGCUAAAAUUUUUGGCAAUGGUCUGGAGGAUGAGAUUGCUCGUGGGUCUGCAGGAUAUGUGCCGCCAGAAUUUCUUGACCCACAGAUUGGAUCCCCUAAGAAUCCAACACCUAAGUCUGAUGUCUAUGGAUUUGGAGUCAUUCUUUUUGAGCUGAUCACUGGGAAAAAGCCUGUAGACGAUGAUUAUCCAGAUGAAAAGGAAGCAACUUUAGUUAGUUGGGUGAGAGGAUUAGUGAGGAAGAAUGUAGGGUCAAGAGCUAUUGAUCCAAAAAUCCAUGGUACUGGACUAGAGACUCAAAUGGUGGAAGCUCUGAAGAUUGGAUAUUUGUGCACUGCUGACCUUCCCUCAAAGCGACCAAGUAUGCAACAAGUAGUAGGGCUCCUGAAGGACAUUGAACCUGUUUCAUAGAGAUUGAGCCAAAAAUUUACAAAAAAUGAAAAGUUCACUUCUUGGCAAAUUUACCUAUCUGUUAAUUUUUGUUAUGAGCUCUGUGCUUGCUUCCAUUAAGAGGUUGUACAGUAGUAUGGAUUCCAUUGAAAUGUUUCCAUGUUUCUUAUUUGCCUUCUCAUUUUAGUGGGAGGAGGACCUAAUUUAUGUGCACAGGUUUUUCUUCUUGAGUUCAAAA